AUGUUGAACAAGAAUUUCUUUACCAUACCAUGGCAAUCGACCAGCGUGUGGAAAUUCUAUACAUGCCUUGCGCUUGGCUUCCUAGGCAUAUUCGUUCUUUCCGCCAUCACUGGUAAUAUCUACAGCAAGCUUCGUGGGUACAUUGCAUUCCAUUCAGCGCGGGGCAAGCAUGGCUGCCGGAGGCCUCCCAGUUACCCGCACAAGGGCUGGCUUGGCCUUGAUCUGAUGCAGGAACGCCAAGCCGCAAGCGACCAAGGGCGGUUGUCGGCCCAUUACGACCACUGGUUCGCGAACCUUGGACACACAUGGGAGGAGAAACUAGCCGGCCAGCGACUCAUCAAUACAAUCGACAUGGCUAAUAUUCGAGUAACUUUUAAUGCGGACAUGAACACUUUUGGAAGAGCAGGCGCCUUCCACGAGAACGACUUUCUUGGUCCUGGCAUUUUCUCGUCCGACGGGCCACGCUGGAAGUUCUCCAGAGAUAUGAUAAAGCCACUUUUCAAGAAAGCAGAAGUACGAUCUACUGCGAUGUUCAAGAGACAUGUCGACCGUUUCAUUGCGCAGAUACCACGCGACGGCAGCACCGUAGAUGUUCAGCCCCUACUGAAGAAGAUGAAUUUCGAUUCGACGGCAGAGUUCAUCUUCGGCAAGUCUACCGAUUCUUUGUUGCCAGGGUCACUGUACAGCGAUGGCGAGUUCAUUGAAGCUUUCAACUAUGCCAACGCUGGAUCCCUCAAGCGACGAAAAGCUGGACGCCUUGCCUUCCGAUAUUGGAUGGACCGAAAAUACCCUAAAACUGUUGCCGAGGUGCAUGCAUUCGUCGAUCAGCAGGUGCAAUCUGUGCUCGAUGAGCCACCUGCAGCCGAUCAGGGGACUAAAGCUCGAUACGUUCUGCUUGAACAACUUGCACAACAGAUCAAAGAUCCAAUCACUCUUCGUUAUGAGUGUCUCAACCUUUUUGCCGGCGGGAGAGACGGAGUGGCCGUACUGGCCGCCAACGCUAUUUUCUGCCUAGCAAGGAAUCCCAGCCACUGGCAGGAACUACGCGAAACGGCUCUGAGCAUAUCUGAUUCACUUGAACUCGAUUUUGAUUCCAAGUCUCUCAAGCCCUUUCGCAACGUAAUCUAUGAAACGAUCCGCUCGACAGGGCCAAGCGCGGUGAUCACCCGGACCGCGUUCAAGGACACUAUAUUGCCCAAGGGUGGAGGACCUGAUGGAGAGUCCCCGUUAUUCAUGGAGAAGGGCGAUCAAGUCGCUGUUUACGGUUGGGGUUGCAACCAUAUCGAGUCAGUCUGGGGAAAAGACUGCUAUGACUUCAAGCCCGACAGGUGGAACCACAUAAAGAUUCCACCAGAGUUUGUGCCUUUUGGUGGCGGCCGCAGAAUCUGCCCGGCGUACCAGCAAGUUUAUUUACAAUCCGCUUACGUCUUGAUACGGCUUGUCCAAGAGUAUGAGAGUAUCGAGAAUCACGACCCGGUGGUGGAGUAUGUACAACUUGUCAGAAAUCUCAUCGAGAGUCGUAAUGGGGUCAAGAUCGGACUCACUCCAGCUGCGCCGUAG